AAACGGGUUGAAGGAAAGCGUUGCAAUUCGGAUCUUUCUCCGAUUGAUGCCCUCCGAGCCUACGUCACGCAAGUAGCACAAGAGAUACAGUCUUCAGAAGAGCGCGCGAAAUCUACAUGGAGGAGAAUAACUAGGAUGACGGUCGAUGCAGAGGAGAUUAGAGAUUGGACUAGAAGUGUUGAUGAGGCGUACCAGGACUUUAUGGUCGCCAUGAGCCUGCUUCAUUACGAGCAAGUUGGAGAACAGAGGAAUAUGCUUGUCGCGAUCGAUAAUCGUCUAGGAGAUAUCACAGAGUUUAGAGGAAGCAAGUUCUCCGCUUCAGGCACUAGGAUAGCUAUCCUCGAAUUAAUUCGCUCGUGGUCAAACCGCAUUGAGGAGACGAGACAGAUAUUCUGGCUCAGUGAUAUCGCUGGCACUGGGAAAUCAACGAUUGCCGCGACACUGGCGGAGCAAUGGAUCGACACCGGUCAAUUGGCGGGCCGAUUCUUCUUCUCUCCGAAUUCCUCGGCAACCUCUAGCACCAAAGAGUUCUGUAUCCUCCUAGCAAAGGAUAUGAUGGACCAGAUCCCGGCUCUACGCGAGACAAUCGACUCAAUCGUAAAGGACCCAUCCACCAUGCGACUGAGAAUACAACAGCAGUUCAGGAGACUCAUCACAGAUCCUUUAAAGUCGUACAGUCAAGCCGCGAUAUUUGUUUUCGACGCUCUGGACAAUUGCGAUUUAGAAGAUCACCAAGCUCUCCUAAAGCUACUUCUCGAACAAUUACCCAGUAUUCCCAAAGUCAAAGCAUUGAUCACGAGUCGACCUGUCCCAUCGAUAAAGUACAUCCUACAGAAUUCUCCCCUUGUGACGGGGAAACUAUCAUCUACGGCACCUCACCAGUUCCCAAAGACGGCAGCUUGCGCUGCAGUCUGGCGGGUUAUUCGUGUGGGCAGCUACGGCGUGCCGGAUGUUCCAAAAGAAUCGAAAGCAACCGGAGUUAUUGAAACUUCUACUCAGUUCGACUACAGCCAAGAAUCUCGAUGGACU